GGACCAAUGAAAUCAGUGUAAAAUCCAAGAUGUCAGCGCCCAUGAAAAGUGUGGUCGAUCAAAUUCUGAAUAAUAUUUCAGAGAAUAAUGGUAACCCCUUGGAAUUAGUGAACCUGAUUUCGUGUUCCAGGGAAUUCUCUAUAUUCCAAGAUGCGAGCAAUAGCAGUAUGCGAGAGCUGGUCAGUCACGUCAAUACCUGGCUUAACUCAUCACAGUUUAGGGUUCAAGGUUUGGGAAUACUGUAUCACAUACUGCAGGAUUGUUCUGCUCAGGUGAUAACAGACUAUGGUCUCACCUGGAUGGCACUUCUUACUCAAGCUUUGCAGUCAUAUGAUCCAGCUCCGACACACAAGGCAGCUUGUGUUGCGAUGCGUCAUCUUCUAAAGCACACGAUUAACCACCCAGAGCUUGCAAGGCAGAUUUCUACCACACAUCUACCAUCUUUGCUUAAUACUCUAUUGGCGGCAAAGCCUCAUUGGUUAGAAGGGGCCUUGUUGUGUACACGAGCUUGCAUUCAAUUCUAUCAUGGUGCAUGUGGGCCUUUCAAAAGCAAAAUAGAGACAUUUGCUGUCUCACAUUUGGAGCAUUCUGAUGCAGCUGUGUCUAAGGCCGCCAUCUUGUGCUAUAGCGUAGUUCCAAUGUGUGGUGGAGGAGGUAACCAGGGAAUUAAACAUACAGAGUCCUGGGCCAAGCACUUAGACAAGUUACUUGGAACCAUGAAUGACAUACUUGAUAACCUGUAUGACGGUCUAGAAUCAGGCGAUUUUACUUACUUUGUGCCUAAAGAUCGUCUCAACCUUCUCCCACUGAAGACAGAUCACGUCGAGAAAGUUCACCAGCUUUCUGAUCAGUUUGGCAUCGUUGCUAAGUGCAUUGCCCAGUUGCUAAGAACUGAUUAUCCGUCACUUGUAAACCUCCCUCUUGAAGAGCUCCUGGGCAUAGUCUGUAGGACUCUGGCGAUAACUGGGACAUUUCUGCUGUCCAGGCCUAGUAGUGAGAGAGUUACCCUGGUAACUGUAUUACCCAAUGUACAUCAGGAAGCAUUGAAAUUGCUUGAACAACUCAUUCCCACUAUAGAAGGUCACUUGGUGCCACAUACAUACACAGUGAACCAGCUAUUGAAGCAGUCUCUGGCGUGGACUAAAACUGGGGACCAGCAAACUAGACUAUAUAGCUCAUUGCGCAGUCAGAUCUACCAGACACUGUCAAUGUGGGAGAAGACACUAAGGGCAUCCAGUAAUAGUCAGAAAAUUGCUGAGUCAAUUGUAGAAAAUGUCAUCAGUGAUGCUAGAAUACCUAAAGACAUUUUGAAGCUGAAUGAAACAACAGAAACAGAUUAUUCAGAGCCCCUCAAUAAAAAACAGAGGAGAAAGGGAAAAGGUUCAUCAGGGAUGGCCCAAGGAAAUCCCUCAAAGCUAAUGGGAAUCUCCAAAGGAUCCUCCAAGUUGUGCAGUGAUUCUCUGGCAGCAUUAAAGUGGCUGUUGACUACAGUUGGACAUGAACUGAAACCAGCCACACAAAAAGCUGUACAGGAAUUCUUGAUACCACUCAUCCUGGAGAUUCAACAGAACCCACAAGCUCUGCCACAUCCUUACUCAGACUCCCAGUGUCGCCACCUGGUGUAUGACUGUCUCCUAGCAACUGUUGUGGUUCCCUGUCCAAAAUGGCCACCUCCAACCCAGUGUGCAAUGCAAAUUUUUAAGCAAGGCCUGUUAGAUAAAAACACAUUGGUCUCAUCUUUCUGUCAAACAGCACUGACUCAAUGCACAUCCAUCAUUCAUCCCAGAGCUCCUACUUUGUUAUCACCUCUCUCAUUGGCUGAUCUUCCUACAGAAUUGAGGAUAUCUCAGAAAACAACCAAUCAAGAUUCAGAGACUAUUUCUCAUGACUUGACACUUGGUAAAAAUCCUGCUGAAAAAGCAGCUGAGAAUAUGAAUGUUGAAAUGCCUUCAACAAGUAAUGAAGAUGAUUCAAAUGAAAUCAAUCCACCAAGUGACAUAUCAGAUGUCCACCCUGUGGAAUCUAAUGACUCUAAUACAGAGGAUCAAAAAGAAAGUGAUGAUGACAGUGACAUGGUUAAUGAAGAAAGUGACAUGGAUAAUGAUGAUAGUGACGGGAAUAAUGUUAAGAGUGACAAGAAUAAUGAUGAUACUGACAGGUAUAAUGAUGAUAAGGAUGACACUAUUGAUGAUCAACCUGAGAAUUUGAAUGAGAAUAAAAUAAGAGGUGAAGAUCCUGAAGUUAUAACUGAAACAGAUAUUAGUAAAGGUGAAUUUGUAAAGGAAGGUGCAUCACAAAUUCAUAAAGAUGAGGAGGUUGAUAAAUUGACUGUUGAAGAUGUAUCAUCAGUCAAAAAAGCUGAUAGUGACCUAGCAGAUGAAAUGUUGAUGGAUUUUGUUGAUGCAAGCCCAGACUCAGAUUAGUGUUUCAAAAAUGAACUUGUACAGUCAUUUGUAAAUGGUAUAUGCAGAUAUAUGGUUAUUGGGACAAUGACUCAUUUUUGGUAUAAAAUGACUGUAUCAACAAAUAUUUUCUCCAUUUUGUUUUGCUUAAAUCAUAGAGUAAGCCUGUAAGGUUGUCCAAAAUAAUAAUUAUGCUUCAUAGAUGAAAUGAUGUUCAUUUAGGGAUAAACAUCAUAUGCAUUUUUACCUACCGUAUUCUCUGUAAUUUGCACCCAAUCUCUAAUAAGUACCCACCCUGCUUCACAAAGUUCAAGAAAUAUUGAGAAAUAACCAAGGAAUAGUGAAUAUAUGAGAAAAAAUAUCCAGUUUUACUCCCCCC